CGGCGGAUUAAUUUAGUGAAAUGAACGUUAAGCGGAAGAAAAGUCACCAGCUGCGUAUUCGCUGAAAGCGUGACUACGUGUUUCCGGUGUCGUGGCGCUCGCGCACACAGAACAGUUUCACACAUCAAACAGAUAAUCAACAGAAACGACAGAAACAUGAUUUCAUUAUCAGACUCGCAGAAGAUUGGGAUGGGCUUGACGGGCUUCGGUGUGUUCUUCCUCUUCUUUGGGAUGAUUCUGUUCUUUGAUAAAGCUCUCUUAGCCAUUGGAAAUAUCUUGUUUGUUGCAGGUCUGUCUUUUGUUAUCGGACUGGAACGGACAUUUCGGUUCUUUUUCCAGCGGCAUAAAAUGAAAGCCACUGGUUUUUUUCUGGGAGGAGUGUUUGUGGUGCUCAUCGGAUGGCCCAUCAUAGGUGUUGUGCUGGAGGUCUAUGGAUUUUUCCUCCUUUUCAGGGGUUUUUUCCCAGUAGCCGUUGGCUUCAUCAGACGAGUGCCUAUACUUGGAUCUUUACUGAAUCUUCCGGGUAUUAAAGGGUUAGCGGACAAAGUUGGCGAGAGCAACGCGAUGGUAUAACAGUUACUGGCUUCUGUUUUUAGUUUUCUAUGAUUAUCUCAUAUUUAUAUUUGUAAACUGCGUCUCUGGCUUGCGGUGGAGAACUCCUGGAAUGAAAGACGUGAGAUUCUUUUUCUAUCUGACCUGUGGAGAAAUGUUUUUUGGGACUUGUGGAGGACUUGCUGUUGUUGUGUCUGUACGGCACGUCUCCCUCCAGCGGCGACAGACACCAGCGCUGAAACCUAAUAAAGAAACAAACCGCUGAGAAUCAUCCAGUUCUGAAUGAAAGCGUUACUUUUUAUUGCCCCUUUAUGUGCCAACUUUUUGUCUUUAUUUUAAAUCGUCAACAUUUGAUGGAGUGGACUUUCCUUUAUGUCCUCGUGGAACCCGUUUGAACUGCUGUUCUGAUGAAUGAAUGACUUGUAAAUAUUUGACACGUGAGACCAAUGUACGUUUUUACAGACAAAAGUUUAAUAAAUGGAUGAUAUCCUUCUUCAUCACAUUGAAACAUUU